GCCUGGACGACCGCCCCAAGAUGGCGACGCUGCGGGGCGGGCUGCUGGGGCCGGACCCUGGGGCGCUGAGCCCCGCGCAGCUGGAGCAGCUGCGAAACUUCAAGAUCCAGACACGGAUUGCUAACGAAAAGUACCUAAGGACACACAAAGAAGUGGAGUUGCUCCUAAGUGGCUUCUUCAGAGAAAUGUUUUUGAAAAGACCAGACAAUAUCCUGGAAUUUGCUGCAGACUAUUUCACAGAUCCAAGACUUCCCAACAAGAUUCACAUGCAGCUAAUUGAAGACAAGAAAGCGGCUUAAUUAGUAAAAUCACGAUGCUCAGCUGUUGGGAGAGACUAGACAGGAUCCAGCCUUGGGGGUCUACUGGAACCAUGAGAGCCCAGUUGCCAUCAGCGUGGGUUUCCAAACUGCCUUGGGCUUUGUCUGCUUUCGCAAAGGCUUUUAAACAUCCUCAUUAAAACCAGACCUUCCUGUUCUGUCUGCUUAACUUCACUGGGAAGGAGGACAACAUCCUGCUUGGCAGGGCUGCCCUGCCCUGCCCUGCCCUGUUAGGCAUUAGGCCUCUUUCUCAUUUCUGGUGGUCAGGGGCUUCUUGCUGUGGCAGGGGCUGUUCCCACUCUAGCCACUUAGUCCCAGAGCCAACACCAGAGCAGAGAACAGGGGUGGACACCCUGAGAGGACUACAGCUGGCUGUGGUGGGACAGAAACAAUUGUUACUCCUGAGAGCACAACCCAAUCCACGUCUUUUACUCAGAGUGGAUUUUCCAAGGAACCCAACCUGGUAACCAUUGUGGCAAGAGUGCUGAGGAAGCAUAUUCUAAAAUGGGAUUUUAAAAAUGGAAUCACCUGCUGGCCAGCUGGCAAUGAGGACCCCAGCAGUGGCAGGAGGCAGAGCAUGACUAACCCUGCAUACCUGGUUUGAGCCUGCCCACCUCUUCCUGUUAAAGGCUUGAAGUUGAUGGAGAAGCCUCUGCCUUGCAAGACAACACAUACUCUCUUCAAGACCUACCCCACUUCUUCUGACUUCCAAGUCAAUAAGCAGGAUCAAGUUCUAUCAGAACACAACUAAAAGCUCCCUAAAAGAAGAAAGGAACCAUCUGAGAGGUACUAGAGGACCUAGCCUGCUUGCAUCGGUUGGAGCUGGGAAAGAAUGUUUGGGGUGUUGGGAAUUCUGAUGGUGUUGGAUCAAGGAGAGUGGGAUAUAAUAUCUGAUAAAGAAGCACUUUUCUAUAUUCAGGAUUUAUACUCUGACAAGGACUCUUGGUGAUGUUGUUAACAUUCUAAUAGGAUGGCUCUGGAAAGUUUAGAGAAAGUCAUGGCCAUAUUAAAUGAAGUUGAAAUGCCAGGACUAUUGUGGCAUACGGUGGAAGAUGGUAUCAAAGGCUCAAAAAAAGUAGGCAUGCUAGAGUGAAUAUUCUAUGUAAAGUCAGGAAACUCACUGCAUGAUUAUGUUACAUUAGAGCCCAAAGCAUACUCCAUUUACAGAUGUGAUAAAAAAUGUACUGUACACGAAUGGUAUGAAUCUACAUCGUGUACAACCGUAGAAAUGAAAUGAUGUAGCCCAUUUGUGUACAAUGAAUCAAAAU